UAUACUUGCGGGGUGGUGACAGGAACACGGAGUGGAGCAGGAGCCCUGAGCUGCUCUUACCUGCUCUGUGGCGCAGGGGCAGACGGAGGAGGAAGGAAGCUCAGGAGAGGGAGCAAGAGAAGGGAGUCCAAGAGAGGGGAAGAGAAAGCAGGCAGGGCAUCCCCUGGGAGGGACAAGGGAGGGAGCAAGCCGGAGGAACAGAAACAGGGGGAACGAAGGAAGGAGAGGUCCUCAGGGAAAAGCAAGGAGAGAGCAGCUCUGGGGAGCUGAGGGGCCACCAGCGUCUGAUGCCAAGCGUUGCUGAAGGGUGCUGAGCAGGUACAGCUGAGUGGAGCGGCUCUCGUGGUCCCCUCCCAGCCCUCAAGAUGAUGAAAAAGCAGUUCAACUGGAUGCGGCAGCAGCUGUCCCAUCCCAACAUCACCGGCCGAGCCCAAGAAGCGACGGAGCUGCUGCCUGCGGAUCUGCUGCAGAUCGAGCAGAGGAUCGAGCCAGCCAAGCGAGCAGCUCACAGCGUAUCCAAGAGGCUCCAAGCCUGCCUGCAGGGGCAGUGCGGCUCCGAGAUGGACAAGCGAGUGAAGAAGCUGCCAUUGAUGGCUCUAUCCACAACAAUGGCUGAGAGCUUCAAGGAACUGGACACAGAGUCCAGCCUUGGGAAAGCCCUGGAGAUGGGCUGCUGCAUACAGAGCUCGCUGGCCAAAAUCCUGGCCGAGUUUGAGAUCACCCUGGAGCGCGAUGUCCUGCAGCCACUCAACAAGCUCAGUGAGGAGGAGCUUCCCAUCAUCCUGAAGCGCAAGAAGACCCUCCAAAGGCUGAUUUCUGACUGGAACACAAUCAAGAGCAGGCUGAACCAAGCUGCCAAGAGCUCCAGUAACAGUGCUGGCACUGGUGCUGGCCCGGGGGCGUCUUCUGCUGCCAACAAACUGGAGAUCUUGAAGGAAGAGGAGGAGGAGUUGAAGAGGAAGGUGGAGCAGUGCAAGGAUGAGUACAUGGCUGACCUCUACCACUUCUCCACCAAAGAGGACAGCUAUGCCAGCUACUUCAUCAAACUGCUGGAAAUCCAAGCUCAGUACCACCGGCAGUCCCUGGGAUCUCUGGACUCGGCUCUGGCAGAGCUGAAGGAAAGCCACAGCCAGACAGAGCCCUCCUUCGCUGCAGACACGCCGGUGGUGGGGUACUACGGUGUGCCCCUAGAGACACACCUCAAGAGCUUGGGCCGGGAGAUCGCGCUGCCCAUCGAAGCCUGUGUCAUGAUGCUGCUGGCCUCCGGCAUGAGGGAGGAGGGACUCUUCCGGCUGGCAGCGGGUGCCUCAGUGCUGAGGAAGCUGAAGAGCAGCUUGGCCAGUGGCUCCAACGCGCUGGAGGAGUUUUACUCAGACCCCCACGCCGUGGCCGGUGCACUGAAGUCCUACCUGCGGGAGCUGCCCCAGCCUUUGAUGACCUUCGAGCUCUACAACGAAUGGCUCCAAGUAGCCAGCUUAAAGGAUGAUGAGAGCCGCAUACAGAGCCUGCGGGACACCUGCAGCCGCCUGCCCCACGACAGCUACAACAACCUGAGGUAUCUGAUCAAGUUCUUAGCCAAGCUGGCCGAACACCAGGAGGUGAAUAAAAUGACCCCCAGCAACAUUGCCAUCGUGCUGGGCCCCAACCUGCUGUGGUCACAGCAGAGCACAGGAGACCCCAUGCAACUGGACUUGGCCUCGGUCUCCUCCAUCCAGGUGGUCACUGUGAUUGAAGCCCUCAUCCAGAACGCGGAUACCCUCUUCCCUGGAGAGGUAGAUUUCAAUGUCUCAAGCAUGUUCACACCACCUGCAAACAGCAGACUUAGCAAGCCCACCCCAGUGGAAGAACUGACCCUGGAUCUCCCUCCAGCCAGCACCCCCACUCUGCUGGAUGGAGAGGCCACCUCGAGGGAUCCUGAGCCCACGUCAUCCCCAGCGGUGACCAGUCCGCCUCCUGAAGCUGCAGGGCCACCAGCUCCAACACUGACUGACGACACUGCACGCAAAGGCAAGCGCCCGGCUCCAGCCCGACCCGUGACAGCUGCACCACCCGUGGCCCAGCCCCGCAGCACAGUCCCUGCCGUGGCAGCCUCCAAGCACGCAGCCAGCCCCAAAGCCCUGCCGCGACGGAUGGUCGGGGUGCCCAGCCGAGCCCCGUCCGUCCCCCCGCCGCUCCCCCCACAGCCAGCACACCGCCACAGCCAUGAUGCCCCAUCGCCAAGGCCUUUGGCCAGCGAGGCCGAUGCAGCGAUUACCAUGGACUGUGCCCCAGGAACCAUGGAUGAGGGGCAGCCACUGCCUGCGGGAGGAAGGAGCCCCCUGUCCACAUCGCCCAUAGAGAACUGAGCAGCGAGGGGGCUAGGGAGAUGGGGUGCAGUGCUCCCCAGGACCCAGCAGGCACUGUGGAAACACCGGUGUGGUCUGAGGGGUGGCGUGUCUCUCCAGUGCCUCAUCUUGCACCCAUCACCUCUCCUUGCUCUCCCAUCUGCACUGCCUCCCUCCCCGCACCACCAUGUCCCUGUGGGGCGCAGCCAUCGCCGAGGGACCCAGGAUGCCCCGAUCGAAGGUGGGACACCCGCUCAGGUCCCCAUGGGGACCGGGGGGGCAGGAGAGGGAUGGCCAGGAGGCUCCGGCACAGCCUGCCGCUCUGGGGCUGGCACCGGGGGCAGGUUCGUCUGCAGGUGCACAGCACCCAUCGCAGCCCCUUCUGCCCUAUUUUGCCAUAAAACGUGUUGCCUCAGGAA